UUUCAAUGUCAUAACCCUAAGUGUUCAAAUUUAAACAGCACUCUCCUAUUAUGCUGUAAAAAUAAAUUAAAAAUAAUGGCCGUUGCAAAUAUAUUAAAAGCAUCGCUUGUUGUCAGUUGUGUAGUAUUAAUUUUGUUUUUUAUUAUGUCAUUCCAACAGUUAAACAGAGACAAAGAUAAAUUCAAUAAAUUCAUUAAAAUGUAUAAUAAGAGUUACAUGAACGAUACGGAACAUAAUAUGAGGUUCAAACACUUUAAGGAAUCGCUGAAAACUAUUCAACUUUUGAGUCAAAGAUGUUAUGGCUGUACCAAUUAUGGAAUCACAGAGUUCUCAGAUUUGUCAACAGAAGAAUUUACAAAAAUAUACCUUAAUUCAAUUACUUCAAGGACACCGCGUAGUACAGGAACUUUUAGUAUGGUGAGAUCUAAACGAUCUAUUACAACAGCAACCUUAUCAAGCAUUGACUGGCGGGAUAAAGGAGUUGUGUCUUCUGUUCGAAAUCAAAAAAAUUGUGGAGCUUGUUGGGCAAUAAGUGUGGUAGAAUUGAUUGAAUCUGUGUAUGCCAUUAAAACAGGAUUGUUACAAACAUUUAGUGUGCAAGAAAUGUUAGAUUGUUCGGGAGGAAUAAACCAAGGAUGUAAAGGUGGAAGUGUUGUAUAUUUACUCUUAUGGCUGGUGGAAAAUAACAUUACUGUGUAUAGAGAAGAAAAUUAUCCAACUGUAUACAAAGAUCAGAUGUGUACACUUGAUAAAACUUUUGAUAAGGGAGUAAAAGUAAAAUCAUUUUUAACACUGAACUUGAUGGAUCGUGAAGAUCUAUUGUUAUCCUAUAUAUCGAAAAGCCCAGUUUCUGUUGCUCUUAAUGCAUUGCCGUGGCAGUUUUAUGUCGGUGGCGUACUCAGCCAAUGCGAUAACAGUAUGGCCUCGUUAAAUCAUGCAGCACAAAUAGUUGGGUACAAACUUGGAGAAAAUCCAUAUUAUAUUUUGAAAAAUUCUUGGGGAACUAAUUUUGGCAAUGAUGGAUAUAUUCACGUAGCCAUAGGAAACAAUGAAUGUGUAUUGGUAUCGGGAGAAGUCACUAAAAAUAUGUUUUUGAAAACAGUAUGUUUCAUAAUGUUUUUAACUCUUUCCAAAAUACAGUUUUCUAAACCAAAUGGUACUACUAGUGCAGUAUCAUUUGACAGAUUAGAAAUGCAAACAAAAAAAGAUAAACCAUCUCACGAAACAGAAUGGAUAGAAGAAUGUAAAUGUGUUAUGAUAUCUGAAUGUUUAUCUGAUGAAAAUGAUGCAUCCAUAGACAUUAGAAUAAUCACAAAACCAGAUAAAUGUCCACCUGGAAAAGUGCAUUGCUGUUCUGACCCAUCGUUAGAAAACCCAUUACUAAUGUGUGGUAAGGUAACAUUGCAGAAUAUUGAUGGGAUAAAAAUCAGCUCUGAUCAGGCUAAAUUUGGAGAAUUUCCCUGGCAAGCUUUAAUUUUAACAAAUGGAAAUUCAUUCGUGUCAAAUGGAGCGUUGAUAGACAAUAAACAUAUACUAUCUACAGCUCAUUUUUUGACUAGUUUCUCAAAAAAUUUCAGCUCUCUAAAAGUACGGUUGGGCGACUGGGAUAUCUACAGGGACGUGGAGCCACGGCCUCAUGUUGAAAGGCCCGUGGCCAACAUCGCGAUCCACCCCGACUAUUCGCCGUCCAACAUGCACAAUGACAUCGCGGUGAUCACUCUGUCUGGCCCUCCGGUGCCGGCAACCGACCACGUGGGCCCUGUGUGUUUGCCGCCGAAAUCGCCACCAGAUACCGUGUCACCCCGCCGCCGGUGGACCGAUUGCCAAGUGUCCGGUUGGGGUGCGGAGAGCUUCGACCGGCCGCGGUACCCAGGCGUGCUCAAGAAGGUACCAGUACCUCUGUGGGACCUUCAACGGUGCGUCGAGAGUCUCAGGACCACGAGACUCGGUGCCACGUUCAAGUUGCACUCGGGGUUCUUGUGCGCUGGUGGAGAGGAGAACGAAGAUGCGUGCAGGGGUGAUGGAGGUUCGCCUUUAGUGUGUGAACAUGAUUCAGUUUCACAUCUCAUUGGUCUCGUAUCUUGGGGAAUUGGAUGCGGAAGUCCAUCAAUACCUGGUGUUUACAUUGAUGUCAGCACGUAUAUCACUUGGAUUGAAAAACAAUUAUAAAAUGAAGAAAUUUGGUUUUUUUGUCAUAAAUAUUAUUUUAUUAGAUCUAGUGAGGCAAAAUCUAGAUCCUAACCCAACCUAAGACCGAUUUGAAGUUAUUUAUGCUAUUCUGUCUGUACAUUUUUAAUAAUAAAAAAUGUAUUAAUUUUAUUGUUUA